CAGAUUGUCAAAUCGUUGUUUGAGGGGGUGGGUUCUCACGCUUUCCCCGCGUAGGGACUGUCACGUAAUCGUGGUGUGUGAACAGUGUUGUGAAUUUACAGCAAAGCGCUGAUAUUUUCUUUUUCAUUAUAUAUUACUAUCCAUUAAUAACACUAACCUGUAUGCACUGUCUGGCUGUAUUACUGACUGUAUGAUGGCGGGGGUAAUCCGGAGGCUUGACGAGACUGUAGUAAAUCGAAUUGCUGCUGGAGAGGUUAUCCAGCGGCCUGCAAAUGCCAUCAAAGAGAUGAUAGAAAACUGUCUAGAUGCCAAAUCUACCAGUAUUCAUGUGACAGUUAAGGAUGGUGGACUGAAGCUAAUUCAGAUCCAGGACAACGGUACAGGUAUCCGGAAAGAAGACAUGGAAAUAGUUUGCGAGCGAUUCACCACCAGUAAACUGCAGAAAUUUGAAGAUCUCACAGCCAUAUCUACCUAUGGAUUUAGAGGGGAGGCACUUGCCAGCGUAAGCCAUGUGGCCCAUGUUACUAUAACAACUAAAACUGCUGACGGAAAAUGUGCAUACAGAGCUAGUUAUUGUGACGGGAAACUAAAGGCACCUCCCAAACCAUGUGCUGGAAACCAAGGCACGCAGAUUACUGUUGAAGAUCUCUUCUACAAUGUGUCGACGAGGAGGAAAGCACUGAAAAGCGCAAGUGAGGAAUACGCUAAAAUAGUAGAGAUAAUCAGCAGAUAUGCUAUACACAACUCUGGUAAAAGCUUUGCUGUGAAAAAGCACGGGGAAACUGUUGCAGAUGUUAGAACAUUGCCAAAUGCUUCAACCGUGGACAACAUCCGAGCAAUCUUUGGGAAUGCUGUUUGCAGGGAGUUAAUUGAAGUGGGUUGUGAAGAUUCCAAUCUGGCUUUUAAUGUGAAAGGCUACGUCUCAAAUGCAAACUACUCUGUGAAGAAGUGUAUCUUCUUGCUUUUCAUUAACCAUCGUUUGGUUGAAUCCAGUGCUCUGAAGAAAGCCAUAGAAGCUGUUUAUGCAGCUUACCUCCCAAAAAACACGCAUCCCUUCUUGUAUCUUAGCCUGGAGAUUGCCCCUCACAACAUUGACGUGAAUGUACACCCCACUAAACACGAAGUGCAUUUCCUGCAUGAGGACAGCAUCGUAGAGAGCGUGCAGAAGCAUAUUGAGAGUAAACUGCUGGGGUCCAACUCCUCUCGCACAUACUUCACCCAGACUUUGCUGCCUGGCCCUGCCAUCUCUUCUGAUGAUGUCCUAAAGCCAGCCUCCUCCAGCGCAGCUGCAGGCGCCAGCGACAGAGUGUAUGCUCACCAGAUGGUGCGCACGGAUUUCCGGGCUCAAAAGCUGGACGCAUUUCUACAGCCGGCAAAUAAGACACAAACAGAACCCUCGGAGCUGGCGGUGUCUGAAUGCGGCUCAUCCAGGCAGCCAGAGCAGUGUGAUAUGGACAUGCAAGAGCUGAAUGACGCAGACUUGUUAGCUGGCAUAUCCGAGGAUCUGGAUAUUGAGGACUUCAUGGGCGAUGUGAAAGAAACAGGAGACUCCGAAAACUCCUCUUUAGUGAACCCUCCUCCUCGGAAGCGGCACAGGAUAGGUUCAGAUGUGGAAAUGAAGGAUGACGAGGGGGCCGGUGACACGACUGAUGCCUCUGUGCCAAAAAGGCGCAUUAUCAAGCUAACCAGCAUCAAGGAGCUGAGGAGUGAAAUCAGCGAACAGGCACAUAAAGGCCUCCAGGAGAUGCUGCAGAAUCACUCUUACGUGGGCUGUGUCAAUCCUCAGUGGGCACUGGUACAGCACCACACCAAACUCUACCUUCUCAACACCACCAAGCUCAGCCAAGAGCUGUUUUACCAGAUCCUGAUAUAUGACUUUGGCAAUUUCGGAGUCCUAAGGCUAUCUACGCCUGCUCCCUUGUAUGAUCUGGCCAUGCUGGCACUGGAGAGCCCUGAAAGCGGCUGGACUGAGGAUGACGGCCCCCAAGAGGGGCUGGCACAGUAUAUUGUUGAGUUUCUCAAGAAAAAGUCUGAAAUGCUACUUGAUUAUUUUUCAAUGGAAAUUGAUGAGGAGGGGAACCUUGCUGGUUUACCAUUGCUAUUAGACAAUUACAUUCCCGCUCUGGAGGGACUGCCCAUGUUCAUCUUGCGGCUAGCUACAGAGGUUAACUGGGAUGAUGAAAAGGAGUGUUUUGAAUCUUUCAGCCGGGAAUGUAGCAUGUUUUACUCCAUCAGAAAACAGUACAUUUUGGAGGACCCAGCUCUACUUGAACAGCAGACUGAAGAGCUUGGGUCAAGUGGGACAUCGUGGAAGUGGAUCAUUGAGCAUGUUGUUUUUAAAGCCUUCAGAACACUUCUUGCCCCUCCUAAACACUUUACAGAAGAUGGGAGUAUUCUACAAAUUGCUAACUUGCCAGAUCUUUACAAAGUCUUUGAGCGGUGCUGAUUUUGCCUUCUCUUGAGAAGACGUUGGCAUUGAAUGCUGUUUUUGGGUCCUCUUCACAAAACCUAAUGCCAUGCCAGUUUUCAUGGAGUAUAUCUUACAUACAUAAAUAUCAUGAAAAAGUAAAUCACCAUGCCUAACAUUCACUGUAUGUACAUAUAAAAUAUAAAUUGUAUGUAUGUGCAAUAUAUACACAGGUCCCUCCAUGUAUCCCUGGAUUCCGAUAUUCAACUCGUAGUAAAGAUUGUUUUAUCAUAAUUGGAAAAGCAGUGAUCUAGUUAAAAGAGUAAACAUUUAAGUUUAACAUACAUAUGUAGGUAAAGACAGAUGGAUAGGCAUCUCCUUUAAGACCAUUUUAUGAUCAAUUGUGCCAGGGUUAAUCACAAUUGAAUAACUUUUUCUCUAGUAAGUAUGGGUGUCUUCAAGGAUAUGAAUCCCCAACAGGGGAUAAAAACUUGUGAAUGAAAGCUUUGUGAAUAGGGGCCAUAGUUCUUCUAAAAAAUGAGUGAUCUGAUAGAGAUAUAUCUAUUUAUCUAUCUUUUUUUUAAAUUUUUUACUCAGUAUAGUUUAAACUUAUUCCCUUGUAUUAAAUAGCGUACAUAGAUUAAGUAUUAAAAAUAAAACUAUUUCAAGAGUGUACUAGUUUAUUUAAGCCAUUUACAGACGUGCUCAAAUUUGUUGGUACCCUUACAGCUCAUUGAAAUAAUGCUUCAUUCCUCCUGAAAAGUGAUGAAAUUAAAAGCUAUUUUAUCAUGUAUACUUGCAUGCCUUUGGUAUGUCAUAGAAUAAAGCAAAGAAGCUGUGAAAAGAAA